CACACUCUGACCGAACCGCACCUAAUCAAGCAACUGCUGUGAGUCCGCAGAAAACUCCGCAUGAGAACGAAUAGGAAUCUCCUCCAGCUUUCAUGAUAAGCCUAUCAUCCUACCAAAGAUAUUAAACGUACCACAAAAGUCGUGAUCUUCUUCCAGGGCUUCACGGACCUUCUGCUUUGGGUCUAACAGCGAGGGGUUAACGCAACGGUGAGCUGGUUCCGGCUGCGGUGCCGGUACUCGUAUAAGUACCUCAGAGAGUUUUUUAUCAAGAAGCCGCCACGCCAAGCGUUAGGAUGAUGAAAAUCAACUUAUAAAGGGUGCUUCCCUGGAGCGUUUUGAUCUUAUAUAGCCAAGCGUGUAAAUUGCUUUCUCUCACGGGACUGCGUUGAGAUAGACAAUGUACGUGGUUCCACCUCGGAUGCUUUGCGCCAUGUUGUGCUAUGUACCUACAGCACCUCAUAAUUCCUCUUCCAGAGCUACUACUUAAUGAUAUAGCCGUCACUAAUCCUUUCCAGAGUUGCUAUACUCUCCAACCCGUCAAGAUGGUUCGACUAAUUGGCAUAGUCUGCGCCCUGGUCGCAAUCGCCAAUGCAGCAAUCACCGGGAGUCCAGUUGCCAUUGAGGAGCGAGUGCGGGUAUGAGAAUGAUUCUCAGUUCCGAAAGUUUCGUUAAUUGAUCAUAUUUAGAGAACGACAAUCAACCCGCGAUCUCUCCUUACCAAACGAGAUGAUUACGACCCUUCACUUCUCUACCCCGCUUAUACCCUCUCGGUGCCAAUCGACCACUUUCACAACGAUUCGCUGUACGAACCUCACAGCUCGGAAAGCUUCGAGCUCCGCUAUUGGUUUGAUGCAACAUACUAUAAACCUGGCGGACCUGUGAUUGUCCUUCAAUCGGGAGAGACUGAUGGUGUUGGGAGGCUUCCGUUUCUUCAAAAGGGCAUCUUGCAUCAGUUGGCUGUCGCCACGAAUGGAGUUGGUGUUGUGCUAGAACAUCGAUAUUAUGGAGCCAGCAUUCCGACCCCUGAUUUCUCAACCGAAAACCUACGCUUCCUUACAACCGACCAAGCUUUGGCAGAUGAAGCUUAUUUUGCGCAGCACGUGGUUUUCAAGGGUUUAGAGCAAUACGAUCUGACUGCUCCAAACACUGCCUACAUUGGUUAUGGAGGAAGUUAUGCUGGUGCUUUUGUUGCUUUCUUAAGGAAAUUGUAUCCCGAUAUCUUCUGGGGUACUUUAUCUCACUCGUCUGCACAAACUUUUGGCUAAUAAUUGACCAGGUGUCAUUUCAUCCAGUGGUGUUACUGAGGCUAUCUAUGAUUAUUGGGCGUAUUAUGAGCCCAUCAGAGUCUACGGAGAGCCAACUUGUAUCUCACAUGUACAGAAGAUUACCAACAUGGUUGAUAAUAUCUUCCUAAAGGUCAACACUUCCGAGUCUGCGUCAGACCUUAAAUCUGCAUUUGGAUUAUCGAACAUCACACACGACAACGAUUUCGCAGUGGCGAUCUCAGGUGUGUCAUCAUGGCAAAGCCGGAAUUGGGAUCCAGAGCUCAACUCACCGGAUUUCGACGAAUUCUGCGCUGCAAUCACGUCCCCUACUGUCGAUUACAACACAACAACGGAUGAAUUUGCGGCGCAGGACCUCUUGACAAAGGGGGGUUAUGCUUCAGAAAUCAGCACCCUCCAAACUCCUCUCUUAAAUUGGAUUGGGUGGUUCACCCAGGGUUUGCUCGCCCGCUGCGAUGAUUCUCACGAUCGAUGUUUCGGAACAUACAACAGUACCUACUAUACUCAAGAUUCACUUGAUGAUGACUGGCGGGCUUGGCCUUACCAAUACUGCACGCAAUGGGGCUAUCUUCAGACUGGCUCUGGCGUCCCUGAAGACACGUUACCAUUGAUUUCCCGCUUGAGCGAUUUGGAAUAUCAUUCAAAUAUCUGUCGUCAGGCUUUCAACAUAUCCACACCAGCAAACGUCACAGCCAUCAAUAAAUACGGCGGAUUUGGAAUCUCUUACCCACGACUUGCAAUAGUGGAUGGCGAGCAAGAUCCCUGGCGACCAGCUUCUCCUCAUGCUUCUCCUUUCAAUAGCACUGCUCUAAACCGCACAAGCACUGUCAGCGAACCCUUCUUGUUGAUCGAAGGCGCUGUUCAUCACUGGGAUGAGAACGGACUUUUCCCGAACCAGACCGUUCCCGGCGUAUUACCUCCUCCUGCUGUAAGUGACACUCAGCAGUAUUUGGUGGCUUUUGUUCUGGAGUGGAUGGCGGAGUGGAGGGCUCAGAACCACCUGGAGUUGGUUAAGAAGUUUACGAUAAAUCAUGAGAUUCAGAGCGGUGUAUAGGCUUUUUGUGGAGCUUUACGAGCUCUGCCACGUCUGGGACGAAUACAAUUAGAUAAUUCAUAUUUUUUAAUUAAGUCAAUUCUUUGAGCCAAGA